AGAUCGUACUCCCUGAUCCUGGAAGCUCUGGACUAUGAUAACAGCACCUCCGGGCCAGCUCUGGAGCAGCUGAUCGAGCGGGUGACUCACUCGGGGAUGCUGAACCCCGGCGAGUGGCAGCCUCUGCGUCACCACGGCCGAGUCGCCAGCGUGGAAUACAAGGUGCGCGUCCACUGUGGGGAGAACUACUUCGGGCCGUUCUGCAACAAGUUCUGCCGGGCUCGCGAUGACUUCUUCGGGCACCAUGUCUGCGACGCCGGGGGCAACAGGGUCUGCAGCGAAGGCUGGAUGGGAGUGGAGUGCCGGCAAGCUAUUUGCAAGCAAGGCUGUCACCCGGUGCAUGGGUACUGCAAGCAGCCUGGAGAGUGCAGGUGUCACUAUGGCUGGCAGGGCCCGAACUGUGAGGAGUGUGUCACGUUCCCGGGCUGUGUGCAUGGCUCCUGCACCGAGCCCUGGAAAUGCGUGUGCGACACCAACUGGGGAGGCCUGCUCUGCAACAAGGAUCUGAAUUACUGCGGCACUCACCAGCCCUGUCUGAACAGGGGCACCUGUGUCAACACUGAGCCCAACGAGUACCAGUGUAUCUGUGAGGAGGGCUUCCGGGGGCGGACCUGCGAGAUCGUGGAGCAUGCCUGUCUGUCCAGCCCCUGUGCUAAUGGAAGCACCUGCGUUGAAGACUCUUCUGGAUUCCAGUGCCUGUGUCCUGCGGGCUGGAGUGGACCCACCUGCACGGAGGACACAGACGAGUGCGUGCCCAGCCCCUGUGCCCACGGAGGGACUUGCCAGGACCUGCACAAUGGAUUUCAGUGCAGCUGCCCGCCACAGUGGACUGGCAAGACCUGCCAGCUGGACGCUGACGAGUGUGAGCUGCAGCUGUGUGUGAACGCGCUGGCCUGCAGGAAUCUCAUUGGAGGAUAUUUCUGUGUCUGCGCUCCAGGGUGGAGCGGACAGAACUGUGACAUGUGGAACGAUCCCUGCCCUGGAGAGUGCCAGCAUGGGGGGCAGUGUGAGGACUCGCCGAGUGGCCACAGAUGUCACUGCCUGCCGGGAUACACAGGGCUGUACUGCCAGACCAGGCUGGGUGAAUGUGCUAGCACCCCCUGCCUGAACGGAGGUCUCUGUACAGACCUGGAGGUUGGAUUCCUGUGUCACUGUGCAAUGGGUUUCACUGGCAAACACUGCGAGGUGGUGCUGGACCUGUGCAGUUCCAACCCUUGCCAGCAGGAGUCGCUGUGCCAGAGCACCGAGGGUGGCUUUCUGUGUGCCUGUCCCGAGGGCUACGAAGGCAAGGACUGCAUGAGCCUGAAGGACCCCUGCCAUGGAGCGCACUGCCAAGGUAGGCCAAGGGGAUGCCUGUUUAGAACAGGGCACCACACAGUCACGUUCACAUUCAUUUUAGGCAGUU